CAAGAACUACAGCUCCCACAAUUCAAUGCACACUAGUAGCGUCUACAACACGCGACUUCCGAACAUACGUGGCUUUCCCGGAGACUGUGAACUAGCCCAGUGCUUGGCCUACGCUGCGCAAUGGAGCUGGAGGCCAUGACGAGAUAUACCAGCCCGGUGAAUCCGGCAGUGUUUCCACACCUCACAGUUGUUCUGCUGGCCAUCGGCAUGUUCUUCACAGCCUGGUUUUUCGUCUAUGAAGUAACCUCCACGAAGUACACACGGGACGUCUACAAGGAGCUCCUCAUCUCCCUGGUGGCCUCACUCUUCAUGGGCUUUGGGGUUCUCUUCCUGCUGCUGUGGGUUGGCAUCUACGUAUGAGGAAUAUGUGCAGUUGGAUGGCUUGUUCAGUUACACUUGCCAACUGUCUUCCUAUUUUCUCUCUUUUUGUAUUAUUGCUUAGUGAACUAGGCUUGUAGAUUAAUAAUGUCACCAAAUGAGCUCCGGCCGUGGUGAAUUGAGACCCCAUGAAUCUGGAUUACAAAUAUCAUAGGGUGGAGUAAUACAACAUGUAAAGUUAGGAGUAAUUUCUGAUAAACCACUAUCAAUUGCAUAUUGAUGCAAGCAGAGAUACCAGGUAUUACAGGUGUCCAUGUGCUUGCCCAGUACUGCUGUUGUAAGAACUGUUUGAAUUUCAUGUUUCCUCUGUGGUUUCCUGUAACAGGUGCUCAUAAUGAAGACGUGGAUGAAUCUGAGGUGCAUGUUCCACUGGUGGCCCUAUCAAGACAACAUGGGUCUCCAAUUUGGAAGUUGGGACUCCGGGUUUUCUUCACUAGGGGAGGGAUUGGGAUGGUUUGGAUUUGUUGGAGGAGUUGGUCAGUCACCAGUAAAUAAGAUUUGAUAUAAAAUGCA